AUGAGCAACGACGAUAAUGACAAAGAACAACUCUCCUUUUCGUUUCGAGGCCAAUCGGUUCCCGUUACGUGGAGUGCCGCAGUCAGCCUCGAACAAGCCAACAUGACACUGGUAUCCAAGCCCUUUCGUAAUUGGGUCCAACGCAUCGAAUCGUCUAAAUCGUCACCCGGACAACGACAAAUCCAGAUUGAAUCGGUAGAACUCCAAUCGGUCGACAUGUUUGGAGCAAGGGGAGUCGGCUUUGCCAAGAUCAAGUCCCAUUGCAAGCUUCAAAUAACAAGUAAUAGUAGUCAAGAAGCGGCAUCCGAGGAUGUCACUACCACCAAUUUGCCAGGAAUUUGUCUCUUGAGGGGAGAUGCUGUGGCCAUUUUGGUGGCUCUGUUUUGUACCGAAGAUGACACGGUCCAUUCGCUCCUGGUCGAACAGCCGAGAAUACCGAUUGCGCAAGUCGAUUGUUUGGAAUUACCGGCUGGAAUGAUGGACGAUGACACGCAAACCAUCAAGGGCAUGGCCGUCAAGGAAAUGGAAGAAGAAUGUGGAAUUGUCAUUGAGGAUCCAUCCGAAUUGAUUGAUUUGUCACAGUUGGCAUUCGAGGGGCAAAAGGUCGGCGCCGACGGAAUUCCCAUGUCACAGGGAGGAUGUGACGAACGCAUGCGAUUGCUGUACCUGGAAAAAUUUGUGACGAAAGCAGAGUUGGACCAAAUGAGAAAUCGCACCACGGGAUUGCGAGAAGAAGGAGAAGUCAUUACCUUGCGCAUCGUUCCCUACGAAGAUGUAUGGCGAGUGUCGGCCGAUUCCAAGGCUAUCAUUGCAAGAUUCCUGGUGGAGCAAUUGCGAAAAGAAGGAAAAGUACCAGAUCCCGGCAAGCUCGCCACUCCCUUGCUGGAACCCACACUGAAACUUCCCCAUACUGCUGGAAACAUUAGAAUGCCACAAUUAGCCUUUGGAUGUUACAAGGUCCCUGACAGUUCUCAGGGAGAAGAAAUACUCAACAAUGCAAUCCAAGCAGGAUACAGACACUUUGAUACAGCAUCCUACUACAACAAUGAAGCCACGGUCGGACGAGUUCUCAAAAGAAGUGGCAUUCCACGCGACAAAUUCUUCCUCGCCAGCAAAGUCUGGAACGAUGCCCAAAAGGAAGGACGAGUACGGGAGAGCGUCCUCCAGAGUCUCGAGGCACUCGACUUUGGGGGGUACUGGGACUUGUUCUUGGUCCAUUGGCCCGUUCCCAAUCAUUUUAUAGAGACCUAUCGGGAAUUGGAAUUACUCCAACAACAAGGCAAGAUCAAAGCCAUUGGAUUGAGCAACUUUUCGAUCGAUGAGUACGAAACACUGGUUCAAAGUGGGAUUCGAGUGCCGCCCGUGGUCAAUCAGUUCGAGGUGUCACCCUUCCUGUACCGACCCGAAGAUGUGGAAUACUUUCAACAAAAACACAACAUGAUCGUGUCGGCUAGCAAGGCAAUGCACCGAGGUGGUGCGUUAAACAAUGACGUGGUCCAGGCCAUUGCCAAAGCACACAACGUGACGCCUGCGCAAGUAAUGAUACGGUGGUCCUUGCAAAAGAACCUGGUGGUGCUGACAAUGUCUUCUAGUUUGGAGCACCAGCGACAGAAUCGAGAUGUCACCGGCUUUGCGCUUAGCGACGAAGAAAUGUCACGACUGGAUUCCCUCACGGACGAAGAAACCAUCAAGGCACGGGUCGCAUUGGAAGAGGAACGAAAAAAGUCAAUGUGA